AUGGAUUUUUAUGAAAGUAAUGUACAAAAAGCUAAAGAAAAUUUAACCAUGAGUGCUGUUAAGGUUAACGUUAAAGAUAUAGUUUCAUUAUGGGAGGCUUCUCGCUGCGGAGACAACAAAAAUGUAGAAAGUCUAAUCGCAAAAGGGUGUGAUGUUAACGCUGUAGAUAAUGAAGGAAGAAGUGCAUUAAUGUUGGCUUCUUUAAAUGGACACAAUAAAAUUGUAGAUCUGUUAAUUAACAAAGGAAGUAAUGUUAGCGCUGUAGAUAAUAAAAGAAUGAAUGCAUUAAUGUUGGCUUCUCUAGAGGGACACAAUAAAACUGUAGAUCUGUUAAUUAACAAAGGAAGUGAUGUUAACGCUGUAAAAAAUAAUGGAAUGAAUGCAUUAAUGUGGGCUUCUUUAAAUGGACACGAUAAAAUUGUAGAUCUGUUAAUUAACAAAGGAAGUGAUGUUAGCGCUGUAAAUAAUAAUAGAAUGAAUGCAUUAAUGUUGGCUUCUCUAGAGGGACACAAUAAAACUGUAGAUCUGUUAAUUAACAAAGGAAGUGAUGUUAGCGCUGUAGAUAAUAAAAGAAUGAAUGCAUUAAUGUUGGCUUCUCUAGAGGGACACAAUAAAACUGUAGAUCUGUUAAUUAACAAAGGAAGUGAUGUUAACGCUGUAAAUAAUAAUGGAAUGAAUGCAUUAAUGUGGGCUUCUUUAAAUGGACACGAUAAAAUUGUAGAUCUGUUAAUUAACAAAGGAAGUGAUGUUAACGCUGUAGAUAAUAAUGGAAUGAAUGCAUUAAUGUUGGCUUCUAUCAAUGGACACAAUAAAACUGUAGAUCUGUUAAUUAACAAAGGAAGUGAUGUUAACGCUGUAGAUAAUGAAGGAAGGAAUGCAUUAAUGUUGGCUUCUAUCAAUGGACACAAUAAUAAAACUGUAGAUCUGUUAAUUAACAAAGGAAGUGAUGUUAACGCUGUAGAUAAUGAAGGAAGGAAUGCAUUAAUUACUCAAGCUGAAGUUUUAAUUGGCAAAGAAAAAGCUGCUGAGCUAUUGAUUAAAUCAGGAGCUGAUAUAAACGUUAUCGACACUAAUGGAUGGAAUGCGUUGAUGUACGCUGCCAGAAGUGGAGCUAAAGAUACAGUUAUGCUCUUAGUGAAAUCUGGAUGUGAUGUUCUAGCCGUAAAUAAAGAAGGAGACAAUGCAUUAGCUGUAGCGUCAAAGUAUGGCUACAAAGAUAUUGUUGAGUGUUUGAGCUCCUUGUACAACUCAAAUGUUGUUUCGAUUGCCCUACACAAAGGAUACGGUAUGACAUUAGGAUGUAUAAAACGAAUAAGGGCUAGUACCCAGCGUCCUGUUGUCAGUUUAACCAAUAGUUCCGAAUAG